AUGGCAAUACCCGAUGACAGCUUCCCACACAUCAUCGACACGAUUCUCGACUACGCGGUCGCUGACUACGACAGCCCGAGCGCGCUGGUCCAGCUCGGACUCGUAAGCCGUGACUGGCACAGGCGACUCGACGCCAAGAUCGGCCAUCAUCUCCUCACGGUCGACUACUGGGUCAAAUCCACUCGCCCAGGGGAGACACCCACCGCCGAAGCACCCAGAGGAUGCCCGGCCCUAUUGGCGGAAAGGGGCGUGCAGCCCGUACAAGAAGCGGGACGAUGGCGUCACGCUCUCCGGUCCGCGCUGUUCCCCGGCCACAACGUCGCCGACCUCGUCCAGGAGACGGGCGCGAGUCUCGUCCACUCGGCCAAGGUGCUCACGGUCCGGGGCGAGUUCACGCAGUCCCACAGCGCAGCGAUCGAGGCGCUGUGUCCCUCUCUCGGCGCCGUGCGCGUCGCCUCCGUCUCGUCCAUCAAGGGUCCGCACCUCAUCCUUCCGUACGCUCCGCGCUUCCUCCCACGCGCUGAGACGUAUGUCUGGUUUCGAGCGCCAGACACGCAGUUCAGCCUGCAAACCGCUGCGCCGGGGUGGCGGGCGCGCAGCCGACCCUCCCCUCCGCAUAUUUGUCAUGAGGAUACGAAGCGGCUCGUGUUUGUGAAUUACGCCCUGCCUCCGCCAUAUGGGCACAACAGACGUACGCAGGAGUCCCGCGUUCCCCGUGUCGCUCUGCCACACAACCCCGAGGAGUGUGUGUUCUUCCUUCCCGGCUUGCUCGCCGACGGAAUAGAGGCUUGGAUCAGAUGGGCGUGCGAACUCCUCCCGGCACCAGUCACUAUCGUCAUCGACGCGCAAUCUGGCAGUCACAAGGAAGCGCAGAUACGCAAUGACCUGAAAGAGGCGUUGGGUAUGGAGAUACUGGGAAGCGAUAAGGUGGCGACCUUGCUAUCGGAGGAAUACAGGUCACGAGUUGGAGAGGAGAGGUACAGGACCGAGACGCAGUUCUACCUCUCUCCGCGGGAGAAGGCGACCGAACGCCAGAACGAGACCUUGUCGAAGUUGCCGCCGGGAUGGGCGUUCCCGUACGACCCCGAGGCAUAG